CGGAACGCUGCUCCUACUCUGUUAUUCUCUAUGCAUAGUCACUUUAAUAACACUACCUACAUGUACAUGUUACCUCGACACCGGUGUCCCCGCACAUUGACUCUACCGGUACCCCCUGUAUAUAGCCCCGCUAUUGUUAUUUACUGCUGCUCUUUAAUCAUUUGUUAUUCUCUUUUUGGGGGGUAUUUUCUUAACUGCAUUGUUGGUUAAGGGCUUGUAAGGUCUACACCUGUUGUAUUCAGCGCAUGUGACAAAUAAAAUUAGAUUUUGUUGUACAACACCAAAACCUUACCCAGUGCCUCAUCACUAAGAUGGGACAACAUAACAUAGCACACCUCAUCUUUCCCAGGUGAAGUUAACCCAGCCUUACCUAUUGUUCUUUUCAUCUCUGCCAUGGUAAAUGGUGCAUUCAAUGCAUCCUUUACAUCCUCCCUCAUAUCCAGCACUCCAGGAUAUUCCUCUCUUGGUCUCUCUCUCCCCCUCUGUCCAUCCUCUGACAAAUUUGCCAAGCUAAAUGGAAACUCCUUUGGAAAGCAUGGAGUUUAUUAGGCUAUAGAUUAAAUAAAUUAUGAGCUUCACAUGGUGGUGAAUGUGCAAGAUACUCCCUUCCAAUAAAUAUCGAGGGUCUUAUUCUGGUGACACGAUUGAUGAUUGGCUGCCGUUUGACAAAUAAUAUCGCUCUUAUCCAUAAUAAUCUCAUAAUGUAGAUAGCCAACCUCCACUCUGUGCGAGCUGUUAGCUAGAGCGCAUGUGCCAAGACCAGAGUAGGCACAUUUGUUAUUUAAUGCAACAGUUGUGACAAAACCAUCAGUAGCGUUGAAAAUGUGAUGGAAACACAUUUAACUUGUAUUUAUUUUUAUUCGGUACAUGGGAAUUUAACAGCAAAAGUAAUUUUUUAUCUGCAAAAAGUCUGAUGGAAACAUAUCACCGGUGGGAAAAUGCGCAUAUUGUUUUAUGCAAAUAUUAUAUUCGUAAUGAAAAUCUGUCUCAAAUUGAAUGGAAACCUGCCUAAUGUCUAGGAGUGCAGUGAUGCGUAACAUAUUUUGGAAUGCUGUUCCUUUCAUUCAAGGUUUAAAAAUGCUAUCAUCUAAUUUCCCCAUCAAUCUUCCUAUGCCGAUCCACUAUUUAAACUUACAGGCUGCAAGUAAAUGAAGGACUUUCUGGUCUCAUUGAAGCUGGGUCGGGAAUGUCUUCCUGCCUAGCUGAUAGACUGGCAGAAGUCUUAAAGCGAUGUCACCUUGUGUAUCUGGAGAGAAGAAUGUUUAGUGAAUAACUUGAUUGUUUCAGGCAAAAAAAAUGAAUGAGCAUCUGACGCACCACCAGCUGGGUAUUUUCAAACUAGACUUGCACUUCGAAGAGAAGAUCUUGGGCCUGCUUGAAAUAGCCUCAAUUAGCCUUGAUACUUUAGCUAGCUAACUUAGGUGUGUACUGUAGCUAGAUAGCUAGCUUAUUUACAACGAUGUAGUCAAGACAUGCACUACAGGAUGCCAAAUCUUUCCUGCGGAUGAGUUUUAGUUAGGUAAGAUGUAAUGUCAAUUUUUUUUGCUGCUAUGGUUAUUAAUUAUACUGCACUGAUGGAGCGUAAAUCCCAGAAAACAGAUUUGAUAUUGGUAGCAGCAGAGAUAUUUUUGAGUGCAAGAGAUUUUAGAGCGUUAGAUCUAAAGGGGGUUUUAAGAGAAGGGGUCUGCCCCAUCCUCCCAGUUGGCCUGGAGUAAGAUCUGGGAGGACUAGAGUACUGAGAUAGGGGUGGUGAGUUUUUGGGGAUAUAGUGGUGUAUAAAAUGUGUGGGUUAGAUGGUGGUGCAAUUUAUUUUCUCCAUUUCCCCUUUAUUUUUUUGUGACAAAAUGUGCAAUUCACACUCCGACCUGUGAAAGGAACCCAUAACCAACACAGCGUCCAGUCUACCGGAAACUCCCACGAAGUAAACAGAAAGUGAACAGUGACUCAGAACAAUUUCCACUUUAGCAUUCAUUGUUAUUUAGACGUUUAUUAACACCCUGGAACUCAAUAUAUGACUAAUUUAACUGGACAGCAUCACAUACUUGCAGCGUGUAGUGUUUAAUAAGCGCUGGAGACAGGACUUGAUUGAUAGACGUGAUCUCGAUAACGCUAGUGAACAAUGGCUAACUGUAUUGUUUUUCACACUCAAAUAGCCUCCAUCAUGGAGGUGCUAGCGAAUGCAGCUGUAGCUGAGAUCUGUAAACUCGUAGACGACGACUAUGCAGUGUUUCGUUUGGAAAUAACGCAAAGCCAGAAAGAAAACAGGGUUUUGCGAAGGAAACUACUGGAACUGAAGGUGGCAAGGGAGCGCGCAGAGAGGACAACGCGAGAGCGCGUCCUCGCCAGUCGUGUCAAGAUCCCCGACCGAAACAGAGAAAUGUCAAGAGUCACUGUCUCAGGUGAAGAACAUCUCACUGGAGGCCACAGGAGCUUUGUGAAGCCAGCGAGACACAAUACAUGGAGAGAUGAUCAACCAAUCACUGUUGAGGGGAGUGGAACCUCAACCCAGCACUCUGCAGAUGCAGAGGCUGCUGGGCCUGGGGUCAAGCAGCAGAGGUCUGAAGAUGAGAAGGACCCACAGCACAGCAGAGACAUCCAUACUGGAGCGCCCCCUGUAAGCAUAGAGGACCCCACCACCGCCCCAACGCCUCCCAGGAACCAACCCAGCAUCAGGGAGGUCAGUGGAGCGCAGAACGCCGUCCUCAAGUCAGAGACCGACACCAAGACUUUAACUUUAACACACAGGCUCUUACACACAGGUUCUGACCACAGAUCAGACCCAUGGAGACUGGGCUGUCCUCCUACUCCCGGUUCAGAGUACUUACCGGUAUUUCACCAGAGCCAGAGGAUGGUUCAUUGCCGUGGAGAUGAUGACGCGAUAGACACUAGUGGUGAUGAUCCGUCUUGUUCUUACGCUACAGAGAUGGACCAUGGUAACAUGACCUUAGGUUUAGAGAGACAGACUGAUCUGUCUAGAGGGGACUGGAACCGGUACAGUAGUAGUGUAUACUCUGAAGGGUGCCUAGAUAAGAAAGGGAAGGUUAUAGUGAUAGAUGAGGUGACUGUGAAAGUGGAGGGUGAUGCUCCUCCCACAUGGAAUGCAGAUAGUCACCUAGGAAACAGACACUCACAAGGCAGAGAUUUCUUAGAUUACAGGGAAAGCUUAGAGACAAAUCCCAAUGUUGAGACCCACUCCCCUACACACACAUUCAGGGAAUGCGACUCAGUGUCCACGUCGAUGGGGCCAUCCGAUUCACACGGCCGUGUCCUUUUCGAUCAGGUAUUGAACUCAAAGGACCAAAGGGCCAAGGCUCGGGGAACAACAUCAGGCAAUAGUAAAGAGAAACGGUUCCUCUGUAUGUUCUGUAACAAAGGCUUCAGCUGCCCCCAGAAUGUGGAGAUCCACCAGAGGAUCCACACAGGAGAGAAACCCUACAGCUGCCCCCAGUGUCACAUGUGCUUCGCUCAAUCUGGCAGCCUGAAGAGGCACCAAAGGAUCCACACAGGGGAGAAACCCUACAGCUGCCCACAGUGCGAGAAGAGGUUUUCCCGCCAACACCUGCUGAAGACGCACCUGAAGAUCCACACAGGAGAGAGUCCAUAACGCCUUUACGCACUGCGGGAAGAGAUUCUCAGAGAGGAGCUACCUCAGGAUACACCAGCAGAAAAAACAUUCCAAACCCUGCAAUAAAGGUAGACUCAGGGAGAUGACUUAGAUGCACAAAGUGAACAGCAGUAGUGGGUCAAUUUCUACAACAACUAAGAGCGUUGAAGCACGAGGCUAAACUUCUGAUGUUUUGGUCCUGCGGCUACCACGUUGUAGCAGCGUGAAGCGACCUCAUGUACAUGCGCAGAUACUGUGUGACUGUGUGAGAGCAAAGUCUAGCAUCACGCUCAUCACAAUAUCUGGGGUUCUGCUCGUGGCAACCUCAUAACGCUGAGUCUUCCUUUAAAGACAAAGAUUGAUUUUCAUUGUUGUCAGAAUAACAUUUCAGUGUUGAAUAUUCCUGGGUAGAAUAUUGCAUUUAGGCAUUGUGUGAUACAUAUAAUUAUAGUGCCUUCAGAAAGUAUUCACACAAGUUGUCUUUUUCCUAAUUUUGUUGUGUUCCUGGCCUACACACAAUAUCCCAUGAUGUCAAAGUGGAAUUAUGUUUAUAGACAUUUUUACAAAUUAAUAAAAAAUAAAAAGCGGGAAUGUCUUGAGUCAAUAAGUAUUCAACCCCUUUGUUAUGGCAAGCCUAAAUAAGUUCAGGAGUACAAAUGUCACUUAAGUUGCAUAGUGUUUAACAUGAUUUUUGAAUGAUAACCUCAUCUCUGUACCCCACACAUACAGAUAAUUGUGAGGUCCCUCAGUCGAGCAGUGAAUUUCAAACACAGAUUCAAGACCAGGUAGGUUUUCCAAUGCCUCUGAAUGAAGGGCACCUAUUGGUAGAUGGGUAAAAUAAAAUAAAAAUGCAGGCAUUGAAUAUCCCUUUGAGCAUGGUGAAGUUAUUAAUUACACAUUGGAUGGUAAAUCAAUACAUCCAGUUACUACAAAGAUACAGAUGCCCUUCCUAACUCUGUUGCCGGAAAGGAAGGAAACCACUCAGGGAUUUCACCAUGAGGCCAAUGGUGAUUUUAAAACAGUUACAGAGUUUAAUGGCUGUGAUAGGAGAAAACUCAGGAUGGAUCAAUAACUUUGUAGUUAGUGUUGUAGUCUACAACACUAACCUAAUUGACAGAGUGAAAAGGAAGCCUGUACAGAAGAAAAAUAUUCAAAAACAUGCAUCCUGUUUGCAAAAAGGCACCAAAGUAAAACUGCAAAAAAUCUAGCAAAGAAAUGAACUAUGUCCUAAAUACAAAGUGUUGUUUGGGGCAAAAACAACACAUCAGUGAGUACCACUCUUCAUAUUUUCAAGCAUGGUGGUGGCUGAAUCAAGUUAUGGGUGUGCUUGUCAUCGGCAAGGACUAGGGAGUUUUUUUUUUAUCAUAAAAAUAAACGGAAGAGCUAAGCACAGGCAAAAUCUAAGAGGAAAACCUGGGUCAGUCUGCUUUCCAAUAGACACUGGGAGAUAAAUUCACCUUUCAGCAGGACAAUUACCUAAAGCACAAGGUCAAAUAUACACUGGCGUUGCAUACCAAGACGACAUUGAAUGUUCCUGAGUUUCUUGGUAUCAGUUUUGCCUUUUUUUUUUAAAUGUAAGAAUAAUGUGCAAAUAUUGUAUAAUCCAGGUGUGCAAAUCUCUAAAGGAUUUACCAGAAAGACCCACAGCUGUAAAUAAAAAAUAAAAAAAGUAUUAUUUAUUUUAUUUUUACAAAUGUAGAAUUUUUCUUCCACUUUGACAGAGUAUUUUGUGUAGAUCGUUGACCAAAAAAAUUACAAUUAAAUCAAUUUUAAUCCCACUUUGUAACACAACAAAAUGUGGAAAAAGUAAAGGGGUGUGAGGGCCGCACUUAAUUUUUAUAUUGUGCCUGCACUGUGUAGACUGAUGUCAAAUGCCAUUGAAAUACCCCCAAAAUUCCUGAAACACUUUUAAUGAGAAAAUUAAUGCAGAUUUGUUGUUGAGACAUGUGGUUUUCAUAUGGUGACCUAAGUAGCCCCUCUUUUUAGGUACGAGCUCCGUGUAUCCAUGCUCUGUGCCACGUUUACUCUCCUCCAUGUUUGUGUUGCAAAUUUCCUUCCACGCGCAAAGCGUCGUCCAAUUGAUGUAAAAUAUUGCCGUAAAAAGUGAUUUGCGACACAACAAAAUAAACAAUAGAUGUUUUUCUAUUGUUUCAUAUUGCUCUAUCGCCCAGCCCUAUGGUGAUGGUUGGAGUGAUGGUGUCUGUAAAAAUGCUUUACUUAUGAAGAGUGAAACUGGAGUUUUAUAGUGAGGAAAUGAUAGUGCCUUAAUUCAUGUUUACUUAGAUUUUUGUCAUUUAGAAGACACUCUUAACCCUAAUUGCUCCUGUAAGUUGCUGAAAUCGACAGCUUUCUCACCUAGUCUGCUUGGAGACUCGAACCAGUGACCUUUUGGUUCUUAAACGCUAGGCUACCUGCCGCCAGCUACUUGACAUAAAGGAGUGAAGAUUUGUGUAAUGUAAUGUUGAACCUUUUCCAAAGUAUUCUAAAAUGCAUUUUAAUCAAAGCGAGGGUUAGAAAAUAAAGGAGAGCCGCACACUCUAGGAGCUCAGAUGCAAAAAUAUUUAAUUACCAACGUUUCGACAGGCAAGCUGUCUUCAUCAGGGUACAAUCACAGACACUGCGGGAUGACUCGUUUAUAUAUAGUGUCAAGACACACAGGUGUCUGUAAUCAUGGCCAACAGUGGCCUAAUAUCAUUGGUUAAUUACUCAUAUUAAAACGGCAUAGAAUGAGCAACAUACAAUUAAUACAAAUGGAUAGCAUACGAUCAUAGACACACUAAAGACCACACAAGCCUACAAACAACCACAAUGGCAAAGUCACAACAAUCACAACAAUCACAAGAAUGGCUUCAGAUCAAAGUCCACAUUAAGACCGAAGGGAGCAAGGGUCUUUAAAUUAAAUAUCCAAGCAGCCUCUCGUCUUAACAAUAAAUUAUCAAGGUCACCCCCUCUCCUAGGGAGGGUGACAUGUUCGAUGCCAAUAUAACGCAAAGAUGAAAUCGAGUGGCCUGCCUCCAAAAAGUGGGCCGCAACUGGGUAGGUCAAGAUUUUGCACCUAAUGGUGCUACGAUGCUCUGAGAUACGUACUUUUAAUUCACGCUUUGUUUUACCCACAUAAUUUUUACCACAAGGACAAGUUAUGAGAUAAAUAACUGCCUUAGUGGAGCACGUAAUAACACCUUUGAUUGGGAUCGAUGUCCCUGUUUGUGGAUGUUUAAAGGAUCUGCAUUUAUAAGUGCCAUUGCAUUGGGCACAGCCAUUACACUUAUAAUUACCAUCCAAUAGGGGCGCAAAUAGACGUUGUUCAGGAAUAUCUUGGGGGGUUAAAUCAGAGUGUACCAAUUGGUCUCGGAGAUUUCUGCCCCGCGAAAAUACGACCAAGGGAAGGUCAGAAAAGACAGCUUGCCUGUCGAAACGUUGGUAAUUAAAUAUUUUUGCAUCUGAGCUCCUAGAGUGUGCGGCUCUCCUUUAUUUUCUAGUUUUCUACUCCGCUACCCAGCACCUCGCCUACAUAGGUGUGCGUUUCUUUUUUCUUCUAAAUCAAAGCGAGGGUACCAGAUUUACAGAAAAGAUAGUGUUACCAUAGUGAGAAAAGUUAUUCCACUUGUCACGUAUCUUUUUGUGCAUUUAAAGUACUGUGCUUUAAAGUUA